AUGAAUUGGCAAAUCGAAUUUCCUUAUUCUACGCAUACCCGACACCAAUGCUGAAAACUGUUACGGAUGUAACCGCCCUCUUUGCUAAGAACAACCCUGACAGAAGUGUAUUGGAAUGUUUGUCGUUGUUGGCUGCUGGAUGUUAUCAUUCCGUUAUGAAGAAAAGAACUCAACGACCCGAAACAACGGCUUUUUGCCUAAGGGUGAUGGUUGUAUCUAUUAUUCUAUAUGAUCACAUCGAGCCACGUGGAGUUUUCGUUAAACAAUCACCCAUCAACAUUAAAUGUUCCGUGAAAGCUAUCCAAACAUAUGGCACAGGUGAAUACACAAAUCUGAUGUCCGCCUUACGUUUUAGCACCAAGCAUCUGAACGACGACUCCACGCCGAAAAACAUUAAACAACUAUUAAAUAACAGUUGA